AUAUAUGAAACAUAUGAAAUUAAGAUAUUUGAUUUGUAAUAAUAGUUAUGUCAUUUUCUUCGCGAUAUCGACCAGUUAUUAGACUAAUUCUAUAUCGAUUCACAUCAAAUGACCAAAUUUAUAAACUAACCAAAUAACACAAAAACCUUUUCUACUGACAAUGACCAUUCCGUAACAUUAAACAAAACACUUCAAACCCCAACUCCAGUGAUUUCUCUGAAGCCGAUACGGAAGUCGGCGGCGGCCGGUAGCCGUGUCGACGAAGACUUGAAGUACGAGUGCGAAGACUGCCAAGUGGCAGACAUCACCUGCCGCGGCGCCAGCGUCACGGGCCGCGUCAGCGUCGUGCCUGAGGACAAGAGGAUCAACUUCAACUUCCCGAGGUAUGAAGACACAAACGCUUGUGUUUAUAUCGGAUACUUCAAAGCUGGAGGCCAAACUUAUGAGAAAGUUUUGGCUAUUAUGGAAAUGGACAGUAAGUAAUUUUAAACUACAUUAUGAUUAUGUGGUCUUGUAAAUGAAAUUGUUAUUUUGGUUCCGAUCGAUUCAUCUUCUUUCCACUAAUCUCUGUAUUUUCAUCUCAGGUCCCGGUAAGUAAAAAUAUAUUAGUUGAAGAAACUAUUUUAUUUACUAAUAAAAGUGUUAUCCCGCAUCACAUAAGUACCAGAGAGCCAGAGCCACGGCACUGGUAGUGGCGGGAUAGAAAUAAAUCGGAGAAAGAAUUUGUCUUCGAGUGAGGCUGAUGUGAACUUGCACAUCUAUGUUAACAGCCUGUAUUUACACAGCAUUUAUAUUCAUUACAGAUGUUAAAAUAGAGUCAGUGGUACAGCAACCAGCUCCGAAAACUGGUGAACCCCUCAAAAUGGAAACGACCUACACAUGCGACGGAUGCGAAGUUGAGGCUGUACUAUGCAACGGUAGACCAGUUGUAAAAGAAAGCGAUCGCAACCCUGCAUCAGGCUACUACAAGGUGUCUGAAGAUAAAAUAUCUCUGAUCAUUGAAGAGUUUGCAUCGUCAAUGCAGGGAAUAUACCAGGCGAUAUUUAUAGUUGGCACUGCUAACGUUACCAAAACUAUCAUGGAAAUUGAAGGCAAAUUGCCGACGCCCCCGCCGCCAUCGCCGUCGUCGUCGUCUAAUGAGACUGACACACCUGCAGUCCCGACGGAUCCCUCGAAGGCAGACAACGACACAACUACCCAAACAACGACGACGAAAAAGGAUGAAGAAUCACCGGUGACAGUUAUCAAAGAGACGAGAAAUGUCAAGAAGGAUUCCGUAGUUAAAGAGGAAAUCCCGUUUAACUGUACAGACUGUGAAGUUGAAAAAGUAAUGUUCGGUAACGAAUCUCUUGAAAAUGAUACCAGCAAAGCAGUGCACUACACUGUGGAAGAUAAAAUAAUUAAAGUAUCAAUUGAAAAAUUCAAUACGUCGAAUGCAGGCGACUAUUCUGCCACCUUCACAUUUAAGGAGGGGAAACACGAACCUCAUACUGAAGUGAUUUUAUCCCUAUCUUUGGAAUCACCGGUGACAGUUAUCAAAGAGACGAGAAAUGUCAAGAAGGAUUCCGUAGUUAAAGAGGAAAUCCCGUUUAACUGUACAGACUGUGAAGUUGAAAAAGUAAUGUUCGGUAACGAAACUCUUGAAAAUGAUACCAGCAAACCAGAGCACUACACUGUGGAAGAUAAAAUAAUUAAAGUAUCAAUUGAAAAAUUCGAUACGUUGAAUGCAGGCGACUAUUCUGCCACCUUCAAAUUUAAGGAACGUGAACCUCAUACUGAAGUGAUUUUAUCCCUAUCUUUGGAAUCACCGGUGACAGUUAUCAAACAGACGAGAAAUGUCAAGAAGGAUUCCGUAGUUAAAGAGGAAAUCCCGUUUAACUGUACAGACUGUGAAGUUGAAAAAGUAAUGUUCGGUAACGAAUCUCUUGAAAAUGAUACCAGCAAAGCAGUGCACUACACUGUGGAAGAUAAAAUAAUUAAAGUAUCAAUUGAAAAAUUCAAUACGUCGAAUGCAGGCGACUAUUCUGCCACCUUCACAUUUAAGGAGGGGAAACACGAACCUCAUACUGAAGUGAUUUUAUCCCUAUCUUUGGAAUCACCGGUGACAGUUAUCAAACAGACGAGAAAUGUCAAGAAGGAUUCCGUAGUUAAAGAGGAAAUCCCGUUUAACUGUACAGACUGUGAAGUUGAAAAAGUAAUGUUCGGUAACGAAUCUCUUGAAAAUGAUACCAGCAAACCAGAGCACUACACUGUGGAAGAUAAAAUAAUUAAAGUAUCAAUUGAAAAAUUCGAUACGUUGAAUGCAGGCGACUAUUCUGCCACCUUCAAAUUUAAGGAACGUGAACCUCAUACUGAAGUGAUUUUAUCCCUAUCUUUGGAAUGAUGGCUCUAUUCACGAAUAUCAACCCUAGAUUAAAUAAGUACUUAUAAUUAUUUAAUCUGAACUGCAAAUAAUAAAAUUAUGCAUAGCAUAAAA